AUGUUCAAAUUCCCUGCGGGCACUGACGCGCAGUCGCUGCAGACGUCCGCAGCAGAUCUGAAGAAUGUGGUGGACUCGAACGCCUCGGGGGAAGUGUCAGCAGAUGACGAACCCUACACCGGUUCAGAGAUUCUCCCGCUGGAUGCAUCCACUGCCGCGAGACUUUCAUCCAUUCCGUAUCCGGGUCUGGUCCUGCAGCUGCAAGCAGAGGAGGAACUGGACCUGCUGCUCUCAGCACUUGGCAGAAGAUGGGUCGUGCUGGAGCUCGGGGCGGCUUGGUCGGCUGCCUGCACGGCAAUGCGUGCCGAGUUUGAGGUCUUGGCGAAGGCAUACCCGACAUGGGUGUUCUUGCGUGCGGACAUCAACCAACUUCCUGGAGUUGCCCGGCGCUGGGCAGCCACGCGAGUGCCGUGCUACAUCUUCUUCUGGAAAGGUGUGGAGCUCAAGCGCGCUGCACUUUACUUUGACGCCUUGGCAGCCAUGGGCGGGCCGCCUCCAGCCGGAGCGUUGUUGGGAGCGUAUACCGGAUUGGGAGCUAUCUUGUCCGUCUUUUUCGGACGCACGCCGGGUCAACUGCCACAAGACAUUGUUGCGGAGAUGUGGUCAACAUUUGUGGUGCUCGGCUUGUGGUCGGCCACGUACAGCGUCUAUGAUGUGAUGGGCGUCGGCGUCGCCAAGCAGAAGCACGACUUGCACAAGAUGUCGCUGAAAGACCGCCCCACUACGGAACCAGAGGAAGUAAAGCUGGCAGACCGGGCUCAGAUGAACCAGGUUGAACAGGUGACGCCAUUCUUUGCUGGUGCGCUGAUGUUCGGCUUCCUCGUGAAUGGCAAAGUCGGGGGCAUUCUAUCCCUGAUCUACUUCACGUUGCGCAGGCUCUACUGCAGCACCUACCGAGCUUCAGUUGGGAAGUCACUGGAGGGCGCUGGCCUCAUCAAGUACACGGUCCCAUGCUACUUCAUUCUCAACGGCAUGAACAUGGCUGUCGUCGUUCACAUGGCCCGGUAUGCGAGACUCAGUUUGCCGGUGCAUCUGGCAGAAAGCUACGUGAAGUCCUGGAGGAUUGCUCAUUGCUUGGUCCAGCCCCCGCAUCAGCACAUGCGGAUCCAGCUGGGCGUGUCAAAGACUGGAAGAUGCCUGCAAAACAGGUUCGUGAACCCGGCAUGCAAAGCGGCCGAUGACGAGCUGCGCCUGCACAUCAGAAAAAGCUGCGAAGAUGCCAGUAGCAGCACACUGCUAGAAUUUCGCCUCCCAUCAUCUGGAAGAGGAGAGUCCAUGCAGACAUUGAUUGCGGAACCUCCCAUGAGCAACUGGGCGGCGGGGCCGGCGAGCAUGGGAAGCCUCGGCUCAUCGACUCCACAGCGGCAUUGCGCAACCGCUGGCACGGAUUUGUCCAAUCGCGAAGGACAGGCCCCUAAACGACUUGAUGGGGCGCCGUGCGUGCGAAAACACGGCUCGGGUUGCUGCGAAACACCCCAUGCCGAUGCUGUGUCGGAAGAGUAUGCUAAGCGGAAGCUCCAGUUCAUCAGUGAGAAGUACGAGGAGCUCAGGAAGCUCCACCACGAGCAUGCAGCUGCGGAAGCUCGCAGCACAGAGGCGACGCUCAACAGCCUAAAAGCAGAAGCUCGCGCGCUUUCUGGGCAAGUGGACGAUGCCACAGGCGUGGAGGAGCGCAUUCAGGCACAGCGUGUGGAAGCUGAAGCGAAGCGAAGCGCUGCCGCCUGGCGUUUGCAGUUGGUGCAGUCAGUGCUGAGACUACGGGAAGUGCAGGUUGCGGACUUGCAGCAGGUGCUGCCAGCCUCGAGUCCGGGCCGACAGGCGUCGGAGUCUGCGGUGUGGCAGGAUGACCGAGGUCGUCUCGAAGCCCGAAGGCUGAGGCCUCUGAGGCCAUGCGAGGAGCCCGAGGCGGAAUGCCAGGCGGAGACGGCCCUUUCUCCGACAAGGAGCUCUGAGAGAGACGUCCAGGUCGAAACGCUAUGCGCAAGACUCGCAAAAACUUCCAGGGAAGUGGAAGGACGGAUCGGACGACUACGAAGCAGCAAGAGGAUGGCAGAGUUGAUCUGCAGACGACAGCAAACAGCUCAGAAGCAGGCAUUUGCGGCCUCUGCUGCGGCUGAACUGCUCCGUGAGGCGGAGGCCGCGCAGGAAGCGGUAGACGAUGACCAGGAGCCGCUGCAGGGCCCUGGGGCAGCGCAUCAGCAAGAUCCUCUUCCUCUUCAUUCACCGGUCCGCUGCGGUUUCGCGCCUUCCUCGCCGAGUCAAGCACAGGCACGAGAGGAGAAGGAGCUAUCUGAGACUGUGAAGCCUCCCAAGCCUUCCAAGUCUGUCCAAGCGCUGCCGGAGAUGUGGUCGCUUGUGCUGGAGGAGAUUGGCCGUGCCUCUCAGCGGCUGGAUUGGGCAGAGCGACACGGCUCCAUGGCUCCGUCGCCCGGCUCUCCCUCCGAGGCCUGCGCCGAGUGCAACGACACGGCUUCCGAGCGCAUCUGGCAGUCAGAUGCGGAAGUGUCGCAACCAGCCAGCAUGAUGGAGGCCGUGCCGCAGCAUCUCCGCGCUGGCUCUCCGUCAGCUUGGGACGAGGAAUCCUCGACCUCAGCCUCCGAGGCCUCCCAGGAUCACUUCGCCAUCGGCGAGGCCUACAGGCCGAAUCCGACGGAUAGAAUCGACCUGGCGCUGGCAGCCUUUCUGCGACAUCGGCGAAACCGCCUGCGCAGGUCCCUCUUUUCCAGACUUGCACAUGGGUUGUACCGCUACGGCACCCGACGAGCUCUUCUGCGCUUGGCCCUCUGCGGCCGAGAGCUGGAAGCAAAAGAGGCAACCGACAGCGACUCCGAUGCCUGGGAGCCACUGGAGGAGUCGAGUUUGCACGCCGUGUCGAGCGUGAGCAGAGCCGGCUUCUCCGACGAGCACGCGAGCGUGCAAAGGUACACGCGCCUGAAGUGCGGGUCCAGCGACCGAGGACGAACCAACGUCUUCACGUUGGAGUACGACCUGCUGUGCCCUGUGGCCUUGAAACAUUCUGCCGGCGUGCUUCUGCUAAACUUCGUCCUGCGGAUGUGGUACACCUCCAUGGUUGCUUGCGUCAUGCACAUCGUCGCGCCACGCGAUCUACCUUUCGCCACCCAUUCCAUGAUUGUUGAGAACACCUUGACGGUCUCGGUACGGGAGGAAGAUACUGGAAUACUGAAGGAGGCUUGCCCAAUCUGCCUGGAGUGCUUUCAAGUCGGUGACAAGGUGCGAAGACUGCCCUGCAUGCACCUCUUCCACGUUGUGGGUGGCGAGUCUUCACACUGCCAGGGGCGGCACUGCAACAUCGAUAGGCAUCUGGUCCUGGACAAACAAUGUCCGGUCUGCAAAACACCUAUCGAUGUCAUGGAGCGGAUGGAGCGUGAGAGUCAGCGGGAGGCUCAGGCGAACUCAGCGAACUCCCAAGCCUCUCAGCCAGAUGCAGGCGCAGAAGGUCUUUCUGUGGACAGGCCGGCGGCGGAAGAGCCGCAAAUACAAGCACCGGAAGCGCCAGCGGCUGCAGGCCAGACAUCGGAGGAGGCCGACACAAGUGGAAACCGUUCCCUGGAGCCUGCGCUCUCCCCAGAGCGCUUGCCGGAGCAGGCAGCAGAGCUCGAGCGAGUUGUCCGAAGCCUUCAGUCAAGAUGGCUACAAAUUCAGGAUGUUGUGGCUGGCGUCCAACAGAUGCUUCACUACAUCGAGGAUAGCCAAACUGCGCUAAACGCAGCACGAAGUGGUGCAAGCAAUGUUCAAGGGCCGGAUGGUGCGGCAGUGGAGACCCGACAGGUGGCGCCCUCGCCUCAACCUGAAGAGGCUCAUGUUGAAAUCGUGGACAGUCCGGCCGCGCCCAGUGCCCCGGGCGGCGCCCCUGACGCAAGACCUGACGAACUGCAAGUGGAGCUCCAGUUCGAGGUGCAGGUGGACGCUGACCCAAUAGAGCAAAGGCAGACACCAGAAGCGCCUGAGCCGCUGGAGCAGACAGAGUCCGCAGCGCCAACCAGUCUAGCUGUCUCGGGUGAGGUCCCGGCCGAUGAACGGUCAGAGCAUGGCCCGACACAGGAGGCGGGCACACCAGCAGCUUGGCAGCCCUUCACCUACACGGAGAAG